AUGACAUUCUCACAGUACAAAUUUCCCAGGAAUUUAAUCAGCGCUCAUGUGAAAAGGAAAAUUCAACGGAAACUCGAUCUAUUGUAUGGAAGCGUUUCAGGUUUCUGCGGCAUGGUAUUUGGUACCAAGGGAUUGCAUGAACAAAACAUGGCUUGCUGCAUUGAUAAGGGUACCGUUGGCAUCGCUGUCGAGGGCUGCAGGCUGCGCCGGCGCAGAUUGCGGGGUGGGCCGCUACAUAAACUGGCCCCCGCGCCGCGCGGCCUUCAGUCUCACUUGCAACUUGUUAUUGCUUGUACGCCUCAGCAACACCCAUUCUCGCGCUGCUUAAUCGAGCGUCAACACGCGAGUGUCCAAACGCGCCCUUUCUCUCACGCAGUGUAUUCGUGCUUCGGUACGUGA